AUGGAGGCACGCCGACAGCAGCGGCAGGCCUAUGGCAGGCACAUCGCCCGCGGGGUGUGGUCUGCGAUUUCUGAGGUGGCCAUGUUCCUGGGCUUCACGCUCUAUGGCCUGGCAAAAGUUCGGACCCAGCUCCUGGGGCCACCGCAGAAGAACCUGCGGUACCUGGCGCUGCCCGUGGUCUUCACCGUGGGCAUCACGGGCCUCUCGCUGAACAGGUCACUAAGUGUGCGGGAUAAUCUGCCGCUGCUCUGGGGCAAGACCUGGAUCGCGCUGCUGGCGGUCUGGGAGCUCUGGUUGUACGAGCCGCCAUCUUCGCAAUGUCCAGGGCAAGAAGGGGAGCCAACGAGCUUCAUGACGACGCAGGAGCAGAUCGUUCUUGGCGUCUUCCUGAGCUUGGAGGCAAUAACCGUGGCUGUCUGGACCGUGCAGAAGACAUAUCCAUUCUUGGCAACCUUUUGUCGUACACCAAUGGCACUGCGAUUUUUUUGGCGGGUGCGACCUUCCACGUACAGGGAAGGCUACAGCUAUUUGCCGAACGGCUGCUGUUGCAGCCUCCGGCGAAAGCACUUCCAGUACCACGGGGAUCAGGACUUCAGUUCACUGCCCCAUGGCCACGGCAUCUGGCAGGAUGACUCUUACCACGGGGAGGUCUACGAGGGCUCCUGGUUUCGAGGACAGCCUGUUGCCCCGUUCGUGUCGAGGUGCUUCGGCAGCGGCGCCAUCUCCUGCGGCCUCAAAGUGGGCUAUGGCACUGCGCGUGCCGAGGAGCUCUCAGAAGUCUACCGGCUGCCGCAGCGGGCCUUGGACGGCUGCUUCCGCUUCGGCUCCCUGGGUGUGGAAUGCUCUGCCUCCGGUGCCUUCCUGGCGCACCUCCCGCAGCGGGUGGUCGGCCAGCACCAAAGCUUCGCGGACGCGUCGGGCCUGGUCGUCGACCUGCGGGCGUCCGUGCCGCGGCCACGGCUUUCCGACCUGGACCUCGUAGCCCCAGGCGAUGAUGCCCGCUCGGCAGCAGCAUCCUUCUGCUCUGACGCCGGCGACUCGCAGACGGCCUUCGUGUUCGUCCACGGUUACAACUGCCCGACAGACUGGGCGUGUCUCCGGCUUGGCCAGCUGAUGACUCUGGGCAAGUUCAGCUCGAGGUUCCUGCCCUUCGUCUUCUCCUGGCCCACAGGCACCAUUGCCUCCUUUUUCCAUGUCCGCCGGCACCUGGACCAGUUUGCGCCGGACCUGGCGGAGUUCUUGCACAGGCUGCACGAAAGCGGCAUCCAGGAGUUCCAUUUGAUGGCUCAUUCCAUGGGCUGCGAGCUGGUCUGUGCGGCGCUGGACCACCUGGAACAGCUACCCGCACGAGGGCGCCCGGCAACCACCGGAGGGACGGACGAGCUUCCACGCGCGAAAAUCGCGACGAUCUCGUUCUGCAACCCAUCUUGCCCUCUGAACGCAUUCCUGGAGGGCUCGCCCUCGAGCCUCGCCCGGCUCGCCGCGCUCUGCCAGCGGCUGACUUUCUACGUGGACAGGGAGGACACGGCACUCUGGGCGGGCGAGGUCCUUGGCGGCCGCGGCCGAGCGCUUGGCCGAUUCGCAGAGCCGCUGCCCAGCACCUACGACAGCUCCCUCACGCCGAAGAUCGACGUGGUGGACUGCACAUCUAUGGAUGCCAACGUCAACGGCAUUCGACAUAGCUAUUUCGACCUCAAUGCCUACCUCGUCUCCGACCUCCACGAGUUGGUCUCCAAAGGCACCCCCGCCGCCCGGAGGAGCCGUCUCGUGCGGACCUCCGUGAGCUCCCGCAGCAACGUCUUCUCCUUCCUGGCACCACCAGUCUUUGUGAACUGGUGA